UUUUACCAUUUCAAUCAAUCAAUCACUUUUACACCACCAAAAAAUCGAUGCGCGAUACUCUGUUUCUACGGCGUAAUAGCGUCAUCCACUUUUAAUAAUUGAAACAUCGAACCAACGCUCCCAUACCUCUGAACUAUCUCAAAUCAGGCUUAUUUCUAUUCUUCUGUCAUGUGUUAAUACGCGUAUGUAGUUUAAUACUUCUAUAUUCGGCCGUUAAUACGCCCAUCUCAUACACCGUGCUUCCCCAUCUUCUGUCUUCCAAUAACUGUGCCUUCUAGAUGAUAUAGGAGGCCAGCAGGCUCACAAAAGGAAAAGGGAAAAAAGGGGAAAAAACAUAAACCCCAGUAAUAUCUGCACGCUAUGGCUUCCCACGAUGUUCGCGAUGUUCUCAACCUACCACUUGAUGCCGGUUCCCGACCAGCCAAAAAGCAGAAAACUAACGUUCCGCGACCGAAUUUAAAGGGCUUAGCAAGGGAGGUGCAGAACUUAGGUGGCGAUAACCCUAUUGCGAUUGUUCCAGAACUGGUCACAUUCAAAAAGAGGCGCUUUGGAAGCAGGAAACCGGCUGCGCGAUGGGAAUUACGUCCUUUCCGCAACUCUGCGCGAUCCGACCAGUCAUUGCACUUAAGACAUUGGAGGAAGCAGACGGAAGAUAACGCCAGACCACAGGAUGAGAAGAAUGGGGAGAACGGGACCAACGCUGAAGAGAAGCCAGCGGAGCUUGAAGACUCGGGAUUCGCCAAGUUCAACGUACAAGUGGACAUUCCCCAGUAUAGCGACGACCAAUAUAAUUCGAAUUUGAAGAGCGAUGACUGGACGAAAGACGAGACAGAUUACCUAUUCGAACUUGCUCGGGACUUCGAUCUUCGAUGGCCUCUGAUAUGGGAUAGGUACGAUUAUCAGUCCAAACUGGAUGGGGCUAUAACGAAUGGCGAGGGAGCGGAUAGCACCGAUCCUAAAACUGCUGUAGUCCCAGUCCCAGCAUCUAAAGGGAGGACUAUGGAGGAUCUGAAGGCUCGGUAUUACGAAGUGGCGGCAAAGAUGAUGGCCGUUCAGAAGCCUGUUCAAUACAUGACCCAGGCCGAAUUUUCACUUCACGAAAUCAUGGCCAAUUUCAACCCCGUCUCGGAAACAAAGCGUAAGAUGUUUGCCGCAGAUGCGUUAUCGAGAUCUCGAGAUGAGGCUCAGGAGGAGGAGUUAUUACUAGUCGAAGUACGACGGAUACUUGCCCGCCAGGAGAAGCUCAACCAAGAACGUCGCGAACUUUACAAUCGCCUUGAUUAUCCCCACACGGAGCAAGACAUCAACGCGUUCAAGUCCAGUACUGGAUUGCAGACGCUUCUUCAGAAUCUAAUGAAUGUUGACAAGACCAAGAAGAGGAAAUCGAUUAUGGAAGCUAACGGCGCGAACACGCCGGCAUCAGCUCAUCCCUCAGCUCACCCCUCCAACCAUCCCAAUUCUACUCCAAUUUCAGAAACCCGCCGUGAAAGCAUUGCAGCCUCUUCAACGGGCCGCCGUGAUUCUGCCGUGGGCGAGCGUCCUGAACGACCUGCUAAGAAGGGAGCACAGCCCGAGCGUAAGAAGCUCACUGAGCAGGAAGAACAGGUUUACGGUGUAUCGCAUCAUGACCGGCUACCUUCAGGGCCGACGUUCCGUUACGAACGAAUCAACAAGAUACUCACAACCAAGAGCAACGCUCAACACCAGCGUAUCACCAAUACCCUGGCCGAGCUGGAUAUCCCGAGCAGGCUCAACAUGCCUACAAGGGCUGUCGUAGAGGAGAUGGAAAAGCUGCUCAACUCUAUCGGCGUUCUUCUCGAUAUGCGGAAGAUGAACGAUAAGAUCGAAGCCGAGAUUAGGCUUGAGAAAGCGAAGAAAGCCGAGCGCGAGAAGGCGCUGGCUCCUCCUCAGCCGGAAGACGAGGCUAAAGGCGAAGAGUCGGAAGAAACUCCCACCGCAAGUGACGAGGAUAAGAAAGAAGAUGAUGCCGCGGUGGAUAAAAAUGCUGCAGAGAAGACCGGUAGCGAAGCACCUACGACGAAUAACGAAACAAAGGGAGAUGCUGCCGGCGAGAGCGGCGAACCCGUAAGUGCAGAGGGCACAGAGAAGGGAACCGAGGAUAAAGGGGUGCGGCCAGAGAGCAGUAGUGGGCGUAAGAGAAGUGCAAGCGUGCUGAGUGCCAGCAGCGAUAAGAGCGCUAAGAGGCAGAAGAAGUAAACCCAUACGAAGAAGCGUGCAAAUUAAGAACGUGCUUUAAGUGUAGCGCUAUGGAAAAAAUUACCCCGUGGCCGUUACCUCUUACAAGAAACUGGCACCAGGGUUGUAAGCUGGAUGAUGUUACGAUAGUAAGAUGGGAAUAACAUACUUACCUAACGCAUAGGUUUAUUAUGCUAUAACUGUCCUUUUUUUUCGAUCCUAUUUGCCCUGUUUUUCGUGAUUGGGUGAUUGCUACUCUAGGUACCAGGUAGGUAGGUUCCUCAUGCUAGGCAAGGUGAUCGAAAAGUCGAUCAAUCCCUUAUAUGCCUGCGGUGUAUCUGUAACUUGCUCGAGCUUGUUGAUGCUCAGUCUCUAAGGUAAUAGUUAUUCCCCAUCACGAUUCCUCGUUAGGUAUCAUUCACGAACUUGCGUGAAACUCAUUCCUAGUAGUUUGCCGG